UCGUAGCAUACGCGUCGCCAUAUUUAAAAAAAGUCGCUUGGCGCCAAACAAAUUUCGUUCUGAAUUGAAAUCAUCCAAUAGAUUGUUUUUUUUUUAAAUUAAACACACGUGCGUGUUCUCACUGAAUGAAUCGAUUUAUUAAUUUAAAAAUAAUAACACAGCUUACAUACACAUACUACGUUUCUCUUAUUUUUACAUGUAAUUAAAUUUCAAUAUUGUUAGUGAAUUUUGAAGGUCGGUUUUAAAAAUAUAUAUUUUUAUCUCUAUUUAAAAUACAGACACGAGCCCGCAUUUGUGAUGUAUGUAUAUUAAAACUUUUUAAUGUCACGUUAUCGAGUCUUGUCUGCUAACUACGUUCAAAAAUCGAUACGAUAUUUGUAAUGAAAAACUUUUACGUGUUCAAUGAGAAUGUGUUGUUGUACAAAAAAUGGCGCUGAAAAAUUUGCAAUUGUUACGUCCUGCCAAUUCGAGUAUGGUUCAUCAUCAGCGGCAGACGAAGCCGAUGCGAGCCACACCAUCAGCUCUAUCAAAGAGCAUCUCGAAAUCAGCUGAAGCUCUGGCCGGAGCGAAAAUUGGUAAAGAGCUAAGUUCCCGCAAGACUAGAAGCACGGAGCAACCGAAUCAAGGGCCAGUGAGAGGCAGCAGUGUAGUGAACCUGCCCUCACUCGGCACGUGGCGUGGGAAGGACGACGACAGCUACCGUAGCAGAUCCAGAAAUGGCAGUGGUAGCAGUCGAGCCGCCAGCCUCGAUAGAAGUACAAGAGGAUCCAGUUCAACUGUCAACUCCGAUGAAGAUAAUAUCAAUGUCGUUGUCAGAGUGCGUCCGGUCAAUGAGGCAGAGCGGUCUCGCGGCGAGCCCGUGAUGCUGGAGUUUCCCGGCAAGGGGCAGAUCAUAUGCAACGGCACCACACCGAACAAACAGCCUAAGGUUUUCUCGUACAACGUUGUGUUUGAGCCGGCUGCUACCCAAGAAGACGUUCUAGAAUAUUCCGGAGUGAAAAGACUAUUGGAGAUGGCGGUCGAAGGGUUUUCGUGCACGGCCUUCUGUUACGGCCAGACGGGAAGCGGAAAGACUCACACCCUCACUGGACGUCCGGGCCUUAUGGAGAAGGGAGCCGGGCCGUACUGCGAAGGUCACGGCUUAGUCGUCCGCUCGUUCGUCUAUCUGUUCCGAUUGCUACGUAACCGACCGGAGUGCCACUUCGUAUUAAAAGCAUCUUUCCUGGAAAUCUAUAAUGAAAAGGUCAUCGACCUGCUAAACCCAGGCACUGCUAGGAAACCAUUACAAGUGCGAUGGUCGAAGGAAAGCAGGAGCUUCUACGUGGAAAACCAGUUCACUGUUGAUUGCGAGGAGCUUGACGACUUGUUCGCUGUUUUAGAAGAAGGUAUGAGGAACCGCGCCGUCGGCUCGCACGCAAUGAACGCUAACUCAUCGCGGUCGCACACGUUGUUGUGCGUGCGCGUUCGAAGGGAUCUCAGGACAGACGGUGACGUCACCUGCUCCACACACGGCAAGAUCAACUUCGUCGAUCUGGCCGGCAGCGAAAUGACGAAACGCACUCACAGUACCGGAAAGACUUUGGAAGAGGCCAAUAAUAUUAAUAGGAGUCUCAUGGUGUUAGGUUAUUGCAUAGCGCAACUGAGUGAUGGUAAAAAAAGAGGUCAUAUACCAUACAGGGAUAGUAAGCUGACCAAGCUGUUGGCUGACAGCUUAGCCGGCAAUGGGGUUACGUUAAUGAUAGCGUGCAUUGCACCGACGCGGUCGAACUUGAACGAGACGAUUAACACGCUGCGUUACGCCGCACGAGCCAAGAAGAUCAAAUCUAAGCCCAUCGUCAAAAUGGAUGCUCGUGACGCAUUAAUAUUGAGUUUGAAACGAGAAGUGGAGGCGCUGCAAGCCGAGAACGCGCAUCUGAAGACAGCGCUACACGUACAGACCGACAGCUAUUCUUACAGUCACAGAAAUAGAACACCAAGCGAUAUAGAGCCGAAUAAACUGUACAAGCUGCCUCAAGCCGAGCUGGUAGAUCUGGUGCAGCUUCAUAUGGAGGAGAACACCGCGUUGAGGACGGAAAAUUCCGAGCUGUUCGGCGUCAGAGACCAGCUGCUCAGGGACCAGGAGAUCCUGAGCAGGGAGAACGAGAGGCUGCUGAAGAAACUGGAGGACGUCAACACUGUGUGCGUUCGUUCUCCGAUUAUACCAGCAAGAACGACGUACUCCAGCUCUGAAACAAACAUCUGGACGAACCCGGCGACUUCCUCGGCCAACAGUGUUGCCAGCGGAGGCAGCUAAGUGCUCCCAGACGCGCACGGUGUUGCGUUGGGAAAAAAUGUUUUCAAAUACGAAGAAGUAUUUUACUCUUUUUGGGUAAUCUCUCUGUCUUACACAUCCGAAAUCUCCGUGCGGAGACUAUGAUCAUUUCGGAAGAUUAAUUUAAACCCUUGAAUUUAAAAAAUUAACGUAUUAAAUAAAUUCAAUGUUGUUAAAUACAUAUUAAUUUGUAAAACCUACAAUCCGUGUUUUUCAAAUAUCUGUCGGUUGGUGAAAAAUCUGUUUCACAUAAAGUGAUUGCCAUUAGAAGUAUGUACUUAUGUUAUAUAAGCUUGUUUUGCUGAAAUGUUGUAAUUGAACAAUCAAACAUCUAUAAAAUAAUAAUCUAAAAAUGAACUUAAUUUCAUUAAAACCAUUAUUCAUACACUACCUGUGCAAAAUAUUCAAGAUUAACCUAUCCUGCUAUUAUACGCAAAACGACAAAAGGCAUUUGAAUAGAAUUUCGUAGACAGUGCGUUUCGAGUGUGUUUAGUGCUAGUUUUUUUAACGUUUUCGAUAGCGUAAAAGUGAACUCAAUUUUGUAUGGAGUUGGAACAGCGCCCCUAGCGGCAAACGUAGGCAAACGUUCCAACUCCAUACAAAUUUGAAUUAACUUUUACGCUAUAGAGAACGUUAAUAAACUCGCACUAAGCUCACAGGGAUCUUUUCUGUUACGCAUCCUUCGGCAUUGGAAUGAGUUCCCCUCUACGGUGUUUCCGGAGUACUACGCUACGACUUCUUCAAGGAGGCUUAUGGAGAGAACUCAAGAGUGAGCAGCAGCUGUGCCCCUGACAUUACUAACUUCCAUGAACGACGGUGACCACUUAUCGUCAGGAUACGUUUAUCGUGAUUAAGGACAGAAACCCAUCAAGGUCCGAUUUAUCAUCUGCUGUGCUAUCAUAAAUGAGGCCGUCAGCGCAAAGCGGUCUAAGCUUACCAUAGUUAGUAUGGUGCAAUGAGAUUUAAGUUUUCAUGUAUUUGAAUUUGAGUAGGCAA